AUAGCUGGUCAGAAAGAAACCGUCGUGAUUCGGGCUUAGUUCAAUAUUUAAAGUCUAUCGACGUUAACUGAUUACCCCAGGGAUCCUCCUAGUCCUAAUAGUGCUAGAGCAUUGAGAACAGUCGUUGAUCAUGUGUGAUGUGUAUGUCGAGGAACCUUAGGCUUCUCCUCCAUCGUACAAGGCCUAAGUCUUAAAGUCUCCCACUACAGGACUCCAGCCAAUGCCUUUUUCGAUAUCAUGCUGGCAUGUCCAGUAGUUAUCAGAGAAAUACAAGCUACCCUGUGAUUCCUUCUCAAGGCAGUUGUUUUCUACCAUGACAUCAUCAGAUUCAAAGGUGUGGUUUGUGACUGGGGCAUCUUCGGGUUUUGGUCGAGCAGUCACCGAAUUUAUGCUUCAAAAAGGAGAUAAUGUUGUUGCGACUUUGCGAAAACCUGCUAUGCUAGAUGACCUCGCGAAGUUGUACUCAAACAACCGGCUUCUCAUCUUGCCUCUGGACGUCACAAUUCCUUCUGAUAUCACCGCCGCUUUUCUCAAAGCGCGCGAGACAUUUGGCCGCAUCGACGUUGUUUUCAAUAACGCGGGACUAUGCGUAAUCAGUGAAGCAGAAGGCAUGCCUGAUAACGACGCAAAGCGCCUGUUCGAUACAAUGUUUUGGGGUGCCGCCAAUGUCACGAAAGAGGCCGUGACAACGUUUAGGGAUUUCAACCAACCUCCUGGGGGACGUCUCUUGCAAAUGUCAUCUCGUACGGUCUUGCGAGUUAUACCAGGAGCAGCGCACUACGCCGCAGCUAAAGCAGCUCUUGAAUCUCUUUCGGAAGGGUAUGCUGCAGAAAUGGAUCCAGCAUGGAAUAUUAAGAUUACUCUUACUCAACCUGCUCGGUUUCGCACUGCUGCACCCUGGAGCAAUGUUCUUGCGCCAAUCCAUCCAGCGUACUCUGAUCCAAAUUUACCUUCUAGACAAUACCGCAGCAUAUAUCCAGGAGCUGAGCGUUUUUCAGACGGAGACAUCUACAAGUUUGCCCUGCAGAUGUAUAAGCUUGUGCAACUGGAUGAUCCCCCGUUCUAUCUCCCCAUGCACAGAACGGCGUUGGAAGCGGCAAAGACCAAGGGCCAGAUGUUGAUACAAGCCGUCGAAGAUUACGGUAGUUGGUCAGAUGAUGUCUAUCUCGACGAGGAAAAUAGUUAGGCGCGAGCAUAACUUUGUAAACUCGUGCUAAUCUCUGACUUACAUGUAGAUCACAUGUGUCCUUGUCCAAUUUUAUUCCACCCAGACGUUGAUAUUCUCAUGGUUC